UAAUUAUUAAAAAGAAAAAAAAAAAAAAACGAAUCCAAUUCGACUCCUCUCUUCUUCUUCAAUCAAUCCCUUCCCUCCAAUAAUCAAAGAGAUUUGAGCUCGCAUGGCCUUUCCCCAAUUCUCACAGAUCGGCAUUCGCUUCUGAGAUGGGAAAACACAAUCUCCUAAUCUACACCACGAUCGCCCUCGGCCUCCUCUUCCUCGUCUCCCGCUCCCCCCAAAAAUCCCAGCCCCAGGAGCCCCACCACCGCCGCCGCCUCAAAGUCCGCUCUCACUUCCCCUUCUCCCCUCCCUCCGAUCCCCAUCGCCACCACGACCCCCCUCCCGCCUUCGACCCCCUCGUCGCCGAGAUCGAGCUCGCCCGCGAGGACCGCCAAUGGGAGAACCUCUACUACCAAACGCACCACGAUUCCGAUGCCGAUUCCGCCGCCGAAUCGGAGGCAUCGCCGCCGGAGCAUCCGGAGCCGCAUCCGGAGGAUCACGAGUCGCACCCGGAGUGGGAGGAUUUCGCCGACGCCGAGGACUUCCUGAACGACGCGGAGCGCUUCAAUGUCACCAAUAGGCUGAUGCUCCUCUUCCCCAGGAUCGACGUGGACCCCACCGACGGAUUCGCCAGCGAAUUCGAGCUGACUCAGUGGAGCUUGCAGCUGAGCCGGAAGGAGGCGAUGCAUCGGAGCCAGAGGGAGAUGGACACUCACGACAAAGAUAGAGAUGGAUUCAUCACUUUUGCUGAGUAUGAGGCUCCUAGCUGGGUUAGAAAUGCCGAUAACACUUCAUUUGGAUAUGAUUUUGGCUGGUGGAAGGAGGAUCAUUUCAAUGCAUCUGAUGCUGAUGGCGAUGGUCGUUUGAAUAUCACAGAAUUUAAUGACUUUCUUCAUCCAGCUGAUACCACCAAUUCCAAGUUGAUUCUUUGGUUGUGCAAGGAAGAAAUAAGGGAAAGGGAUAGAGACAAGGAUGGUAAGGUCAAUUUUGAAGAGUUUUUCCAUGGGAUAUAUGAGUUGGUUAGAAAUUAUGUGGAGCCACACGAUACCGAUGAGCAUGAGUCUGAUGAUUCACAAGAGGCCUCAGCCAAGAUGCUGUUUGCCCUGCUUGAUAAGGACGGUGAUGGACAUUUGUCCGAUGUAGAAUUACUACCCAUUAUUGAAAAGCUCCACCCACCGGAGCAUUACUAUGCUAAACAGCAGACAAAACAUAUAUUGCACCAGGCUGACGGAGACAAGGAUGGACGUCUGAGCUUAGCAGAGAUGAUUCAGAGUCCAUAUGUUUUCUAUACUGGCGUCUUUAAUGAGGAUGAAGACAAUGGUGAUUAUGAAGUGCAUGAUGAGUUCCGUUAGAAACCGGAGUCAUAGUAUGCGAUGUAGGACGAGGCGAGCAAUUAAGAUGUGGAUCGUAGCGAAAAUCUUGAUCUGCUCACUGUUUUGGGAGGGAUAUAUAUAGGAUUAUCACUUGAGGUAGUUCUUCAAGUAAUGCAUUUUUUACAGUUUUGGUUAUUCUUUGUUCUUGUAUAGUUUUUACAGCAGAACUACUUUGAUUAUUACCAUAUUCAUUUAAAAUUGAGUAUAUUAUUUAUACCC